AGGGUUCGGAGGUAUAAAAGAGAAAAAAAAAUGCUUUUGAGAGCAUCUGGAUUUAAGGACAUGAUGCCCUAUUUAUAUCAGAAGCAAGAUCUAAACUGUCUUUCUGACUCCUUGGCCACCACUCUUUCCACCGGAUCAUACUUCCUCUCAAGAGAGCAAGAAGGAGGUUGAAUACUAGACACAAAAGUAGGACAUAGUUGUUGUUCUUAAAUCAUCAACUACAGUUUCUGCCAGGCAGACUCAAAAAGAAGAAUCUAUAGUAAUAGGACCAUUUUACAUAAAUGAGGGGUGUGUGGCUAGUGCCCUGAAUCAUUUUACUGAAGCAAAAGUAAGAAAAUAAGUAUAUGAUCUUUCUUAAUAACCAGAAAGAAUCAGAAACUCAUCUGUCCAAGUAGUAUAAGCUAACUACAAAUGAGAUAACUAAAAAGGUAGCUGCCUUCCUUGAAUUUUUGUUAUUUUUAAAAAAAGGGAGAAGAAAAAGAAAGUGAAGCUGUUUUAACCAUGCUCUCUUUAGAAGGAAAAAAAAAAACUACCCAAUACUGAUAGUAUCUUAGAAGCAGGAAACUGAAUUGAACUCCAUGUAAGCUUACAAGUGCUUCCAGAGAUGCAGUGUCUUCCUUUCCUUUUUGUUAUUCUUCAGGCACACAAAGUUAUGUCUGAAGAGGAAUUUGUGGAUGCAACUGUAAAGCUUGCCAAGAACAUGAUUUUCGAGUGUAUGUAUCCAGGAUCGGGCUUUACAAGCCAGGCUGAAUGGUUCAAGAUGACAGUAACAGGGAAAGAUUCCAUGGCCAUUUUCAGUCCUAACCAUGGUGGGCUCAUUAGGGCAGACUAUAUCAGUAGGAUUCGCUUUUUGAACUCUAGUGUGACUGCAAAUGAUGUUUCCCUUUUCUUCCACAAUGCUUCAAAAGCUGACCUUGGCCUUUAUCUCUGCACACUCCACCUUUUCCCUCAUGGACCUUGGAAAAAGGUGAUAAAGGUUGUCCAAUCAGAUGGUUUUGAAAUCCAUGUUCCAUCUAAUAGCCAUAUGGUAUCAGAACCUGGAAAAAAUGUUAAAUUCAUAUUUCAGACUCACAAGGCCAGCCCCCUGAAACAUGUGACAUGGGAAAAGAUUCAGCCACAUCAGAUUGACCACUUAAUUUACUGUAAUUUGAACAAUGGGAAAAGUUAUGGCUUAAAGUACCAAAGAAAAAUAUUGACAAGCUGCAGCCAACAGAUGACCAGUACCUCUAUUAUCAUUCACAAUGUCACUGCUUCUGACUCAGGAUUUUACCAAUGUUGCUUAACCACCAACACAGGAGAAAAUGAAACCUUUGUGAUGAAUCUGACUGUGACUGAUGCAAAAACAGACCAUCAGAUUGUUUUUUUCAUAGCUGGAGGGGCAGCUUCAGUCUUAAUUAUUGUGAUAUUUAUCAUCAUCAUCUGUUAUUAUUGCAGGAGGAAGAGAGUUUCCAAGGCACUGUGGGAUACUCAGAUUCAGUCAUCUAAAAACUACACCAGAAGUGAGGCUCCUGACCAUUCUCAAGACAACCAAGAAGAGGAUAUUUAUGUCAAUUGUCCUGUCUUCUCUCAAAAACCAACUGCAAGAUAGCAACUAUUCAAUUUGAGCCAAGCAAACAUAUGAACUCAAAUGCAAAUUGUCCUUAGAGUUUUCUUCCUUUGUAUUUACAGAUCUAUACUGGAUUGAAUUUACUUUGUCUUAUACAAAGAAGAUUACAUAAAUAUUAUCAUUUGAUUGAGAAUAUUCAGAAUUAUCUGAGCGAUUAUAAAAUAAGUGGGGGUAGAGAGUCAGAGUGACCUCCCAUUGACUAUCCCUCUCCUUUUCAAAAGCCAUUGUAACUGUUUAGUUAGAGUCACUCCAAAGACUUGGAGCCUUGUAUUGCUGAAAGUGGAAUGAAUCGAUUAUUGAAAAAAGUGGAGAGUAUCUGAAGUAGUCUUUCCUUCCUUUCUCUUUCUGUAACUCCUGUUCUCCAUCUCAAAUAUUAACUUUUUCUUUUCAUUUCACCAUUAUAAUUUCUUUUUGGGGGGAUUUUCUUUGUUCCCAUUUAAUAUCCAAAUAUCAAUUAUUAUCUAAUACAUUAGUAAGACAUUUACUAUCAACUAAAAUAAGAAUAAGACAUUAUAUUGGUGAUUAGAUAUGUAGGUAAGGAAGUCACCAAAUACAAACUUUUUUACUCUUUACCCAGAGCAAAAUGACUGCCUCUUCUGGUUUCUAACCCUAAAUCUAUUCCAGAUCUAUUGGUUAGAAUAAAAUGAGAAGUAUGUGGGAAAAAAAAAGAAAAACAACACAAAUGUCAUAUUUGACUUGAGUAUUGUACUUAUGUCCAACUUUUUAUGGCAACAUUUGGGGUUUUCUUGGUAAAGAUACUGAAGUAGUUUGCCUUUCUUCUCCAGCUCAUUUUAUAUGGGAGGAACUAAGGCAAACAGGGAUAAGUGACUUGCCCAGGGUCACAUGACUGAUAAUUGUUUAAGGUCAGAUUUGAACUCAGAAAAAGCUUUCUUGUUUCCAGGCCCAACACUCUAUCUACUGUGCCAUCUAGCUACUAUACUUAGUUGUAUAACACUUGUUGUAAACAAGUUGUAAAACACUUAACAUAUUUAUUCUUAAUUUCUGAAAGAUACAAUUCAUUUCACUCAAAGAUAGAGUUAAAUUCUACAGGUAUUUUAAGCUUAGGGCAGGCCAUUUGGCAAAAUAGAGAAAAAUACAAUCUCUCAGGUUGCUUAUAGGACACAAGUAUUGUAAUUUCUUGCUAUAAACAUUUCAAUUUAAAAUAUUUUUGGCUUUAAAUUAUUUUAUAAGUAAAGCAUAAAAAUUGUUCUUUAGGCUAGGAAAAUUAUUGUUUACUUCUUACUCAGAAAGUGAAGUGGCAUGUAAUCAGUGUUCAUUUUAUACAAAUUAAGGAAAACACUGUAGUACGAUGGGAAAAACUAUAGAUUUGUGAAUCAAAGUUUAAU